UUGACGCCAGUGCCAUAAAUGAGAAACCAGGUUAGCUAGCUCCUAUGAGAUUUUCGUCAUCCGAUCCUCUCGUUGCGACGAUGGACGCGAUUGUCAAUAAGCUUGGUAGUUCUCUUCCAGUCCCGAGCGUUCAGGAGUUUGCAAAAGAGGCCAUAACCGAACUCCCGCCUCGCUAUAUCCGUACCGACCUAGACCAUGGGACUUCGUUGCUUCAAGUACCAGUAAUUGAUCUGAGCAAGCUCUCGUCGAGCGAUGGCGAUUUGACGGAGUCCGAGCUUGAAAAGCUGCACUCUGCAUGCAGAGAUUGGGGAUUCUUCCAGUUGAUAAACCAUGGAGUGAGCUUUUCGUUGUUGGAGGAGGUGAAGUUGGGAAUACAAGAGUUCUUCAAGCUUCCAAUGGAGGAAAAGAGGAGGUUUUGGCAACAAGAAGGAGACUUGCAGGGCUUCGGGCAGGCGUUUGUAGUGUCCGAGGAGCAGAAGCUCGAUUGGGGCGACAUGUUUUACGUGGAGUCCCUCCCCAGACAUUUGAGAAAACCUCACCUUUUUCCCAUGCUUCCUUCUCCCUUCAGAGAUGUGCUGGAUAAAUACUCCACAGAGCUCCAAGAUCUUGCGAUGAAGAUACUCCUUCUCAUAGCAAAAGCUUUAAAGAUGGACACCAAGGAGAUGAUAGAACUGUUUGAUGAGGGCCUGCAAAUGAUGAGGAUGAACUAUUACCCUCCCUGUCCGCGACCUGAACUGGCCAUUGGCCUCACUCCACAUUCCGACGCCGCAGGCGUUACCAUUCUUCUCCAAGUCAAUGAAGUGGAAGGUCUCCAAGUAAGAAAAGAGGGCAAGUGGGUUCCCAUCAAGCCCCUUCCUAAUGCUUUCGUUGUCAAUGUUGGAGACAUUUUAGAGAUUGUCACGAAUGGUAAUUAUCGUAGCAUUGAGCACCGAGCAACAGUUAACUCAACGAAUGAGAGGCUCUCGGUUGCCACAUUCUACAGCCCGAAAUUGGAAGGCGAAAUGGGUCCUACACCGAGCUUAAUCACUCCAGACAAGCCAGCAUUGUUCAGAACAAUAGGUGUUGCCGAUUACUUCAAGGGAUUUUACUCUCGUGAGCUGCAAGGAAAGUCAUAUCUUGAUAUUAUGAGGACGAUUCAGGGUGAGGAAAACAAAGGGGAUUGAAUUUCGAUUUGCUAUCCCAAAAGUCACUCGAAAACACCAUUUUACGUUGUGUACGUUAAAAUAAUAUAAAAUUGAUUGUUGAAGAUUUGAGCAUGUUGGAUUUGUUGUUUGUAUUCUUCAAAAUGCUUGAUCUCUGGUGGGUGUCAAAAGAAGAUUGAAGACGAAAGGAUAUCAACACCAUUUAUGAUGGGUUAUGUUUGGGUAGCCCCUCCACCAUUCAACAAUGAGUAAAUGCUUUCAUAUUGAAAAUGGGAGGUCUUUUUUGUUUUUCUUUAUUCAAAGAACGUGAGAUUUUUUCAUUGUCAAAAGGAGCAAAGAUUUCAUGUC